AUGGGGGUUGCAAAGGAAGCAUCUAGUGUCAAUGGCUUCGGGAGCGCAUUCGCCGCCAAACAUAACCUCCCGUCACACUUUAUCGGAGGCAGUCGUCUCGACCUGGCCCCACCUGGGAAAGUGAAGGAUUUCGUUGCGAAGAACGAUGGCCAUUCAGUUAUUACUUCGGUGCUCAUUGCGAACAACGGGAUUGCUGCCGUCAAGGAAAUUCGCGAUGUGCGAAAAUGGGCCUACAAUACUUUUGGUGAUGAAAGGGCGAUUCAAUUUACCGUGAUGGCCACUCCAGAGGAUUUAAGGGCUAAUGCAGACUAUAUUCGAAUGGCUGACCAAUAUGUCGAGGUUCCGGGAGGCACGAAUAACAACAAUUAUGCCAAUGUUGAACUCAUUGUGGAUAUUGCAGAGCGAAUGGGUGUCCAUGCAGUUUGGGCCGGAUGGGGCCACGCUUCGGAAAACCCAAAGCUUCCUGAGUCGCUAGCGGCGUCUCCGAAAAAGAUUAUUUUCAUCGGUCCCCCUGGUUCUGCAAUGCGAUCUCUUGGAGAUAAAAUUUCUUCGACGAUUGUUGCCCAACAUGCAGGGGUUCCCUGCAUACCUUGGUCUGGAGAAGGCGUGGAGGAGGUCACAGUCGAUGAAGAGGGGAUUGUAACGGUUGAACCUCACAUUUAUGACAAAGGAUGUACGCACUCUCCGCAAGAAGGCCUGGAGAAAGCUCGGGCUAUUGGCUUCCCAGUCAUGGUCAAGGCCUCGGAAGGAGGUGGUGGGAAAGGUAUUCGGAAAGUCGAGAGAGAAGAGGAUUUCGUCAAUAUGUAUAAUGCCGCCGCCAGCGAGAUUCCUGGAUCGCCGAUUUUUAUCAUGAAACUCGCAGGCAAUGCGAGACAUUUGGAGGUUCAGUUACUAGCAGAUCAAUAUGGUAACAACAUUUCCCUCUUCGGACGGGAUUGUUCGGUACAACGACGACAUCAGAAAAUUAUCGAGGAGGCUCCCGUCACCAUCGCGAAGCCAGAAACCUUUCAAGCAAUGGAGCGAGCCGCUGUGAGGCUCGGGAAGUUGGUUGGCUACGUUUCCGCAGGAACAGUCGAAUAUCUCUACUCCCAUGCAGAAGAUAAAUUUUACUUCCUGGAACUAAAUCCCCGUCUACAGGUUGAGCAUCCCACAACCGAGAUGGUUUCUGGAGUGAAUCUUCCGGCUGCGCAACUUCAGAUUGCAAUGGGAAUCCCCUUACAUCGCAUUCGUGAUAUUCGUCUCCUCUAUGGCGUUGAUCCUAAUACCAGCUCCGAGAUUGAUUUCCAUUUCACCAAUGAAGAAAGCACGAAAACCCAACGCCGACCAAAGCCCAAGGGUCACACCACUGCUUGUCGUAUCACGUCCGAGGACCCCGGUGAAGGUUUCAAACCCUCCAGCGGAACAAUGCACGAGCUCAACUUCCGGAGUAGUUCAAAUGUUUGGGGUUAUUUCUCUGUUGGUACCUCUGGUGGGAUCCAUAGUUUCUCUGAUUCUCAAUUCGGCCAUAUCUUUGCAUACGGCGAAAAUCGUUCCGCGUCACGCAAGCACAUGGUCGUCGCAUUGAAGGAAUUGAGCAUUCGCGGUGAUUUCCGGACAACUGUUGAGUAUCUCAUCAAACUUUUGGAGACACCUGCAUUCGAGGAGAACACUAUCACUACCGGUUGGUUGGACCAGUUGAUUUCCAAUAAACUUACAGCUGAGCGCCCUGAUCCAAUGGUCGCUGUUAUCUGUGGAGCUGUCACCAGGGCUCAUCUCGCGAGUGAGUCGUGUGUUGCGGAGUAUCGGAGAGGUAUUGAAAAGGGUCAAGUACCUUCAAAAGACGUCCUGAAAACUGUUUUCCCCAUCGAUUUUAUUUACGAAGGAUACCGAUACAAAUUCACUGCCACCAGAUCAAGCGACGAUAACUAUCAUCUGUUCAUUAAUGGAUCAAAAUGUUCUGUUGGCGUUCGGGCUCUAGCCGAUGGUGGACUGCUCGUACUUUUGAACGGACGAAGCCAUAAUGUUUACUGGAAGGAGGAGGCUGCUGCGACACGCUUGAGUGUCGACGGGAAAACAUGUUUGCUUGAGGAAGAAAAUGACCCCACACAACUUCGCACUCCUAGUCCAGGAAAGCUUGUGAAGUACACAGUGGAAAACGGCGAACAUGUCCGAGCCGGGCAACCGUUCGCUGAAGUUGAAGUCAUGAAAAUGUAUAUGCCCCUCAUCGCGCAGGAGGAUGGCAUUGUGCAACUCAUCAAGCAGCCUGGAUCUACACUCGAGGCUGGGGAUAUUUUGGGUAUUCUCGCGUUGGAUGAUCCAUCCAGAGUGAAGCAUGCUCAACCUUUCCUUGGGCAGCUGCCAGAGCUAGGUCCUCCACAAGUUGUCGGCGUCAAGCCCCCUCAGCGUUUCGGCCUCCUCCACAGCAUCUUGAUUGAUAUUCUUCGUGGGUUCGAUAACCAAGUCAUCAUGGGGGCCACCUUGAAAGAAUUGGUCGAGGUCCUGAGAAAUCCCGAACUACCGUAUGGAGAAUGGAACGCACAAGUUUCUGCUUUGCAUUCACGCAUGCCACAGAAACUUGAUUCCCUCCUCACACAGGUCGUUGAUCGAGCCAAGUCCCGAAAGGCGGAGUUCCCAGCCAAUCAAUUGAUGAAGACCCUUACCCGCUUCAUUGAGGAGAAUGUGAGUCCUGGCGAUGCUGAUAUUCUCCAAACGAGUCUCCUGCCACUCGUAGAUGUCAUUCGACGAUACAGUGAUGGACUUAAGGUCCAUGAAUAUAAGGUUUUCAUUGGUAUUCUUCAGCAGUAUUGGGAAGUGGAACAUCUUUUCACGGGAAGAAAUAUGCGAGACGAGGAUGUGAUUCUUAAACUGAGAGAAGAAAACAAGGAUGACAUCGACGGAGUCAUCCAAACUGUCCUAUCUCACAGCAGAGUCGGAGCGAAGAAUAACUUGCUUCUCGCCAUUUUAGAUAUGUAUCGUCCAAACAAACCGAAUGCGGGUAAUGUCGGGAAGUACCUCAAGCCCAUCUUGAAAAAGCUUGCAGAGCUGGAAUCACGAGCCACUUCCAAAGUGGCUUUGAAGGCCCGUGAGGUUCUUAUCCAGUGCGCAUUGCCAUCCCUUGAAGAGAGGGUUGCUCAGAUGGAGCAUAUCUUGCGCUCUUCGGUGGUGGAAUCCAAAUACGGAGAGACGGGCUGGGACCACAGAGAACCUGACCUAAGCGUAUUGAAGGAAGUUGUCGAUUCCAAGUACACUGUCUUCGAUGUUCUCCCUCUUUUCUUUGGACAUCAGGAUCAAUGGGUAUCGCUGGCAGCGCUCGAGGUGUAUAUCCGCCGGGCUUACCGAGCCUACUCGUUGAAGGGGAUCGAAUAUCACAACAAGCACGAGAGCCCGUUCUUUAUAUCUUGGGAUUUCAUACUCGGAAAAACUGGUCACUCUGAGUUUGGCAUGGUAAGCGCUUCGACCCAUCCCUCCACGCCCUCCACUCCCACGACGGAAAGCAAUCCAUUCAAGAAGAUUGGCUCCAUUAGCGACAUGUCUUACUUGGUCAACAAGGGAGUCAAUGAACCAACCAGGAAAGGAGUCAUUAUUCCUGUCAAUUAUCUUGAUGAUGCCGAGGAAAUGCUGCCCAGGGCGCUAGAGAUUUUCCCUCGCUCAGAGCCUCAGAAGAACAACGCGAAGUCUCUUGGCAACAACCUGGCAGCGUUGCGGAAACCAACACCUCGUCCUGAAAAUGCCGACGAACUCACUGGAGUCUGCAAUGUUGCAAUUCGCGAUAUCGAGGAUUUGGAUGACACAGAGAUGGUCACCCGCAUCACCAAGCUUGUCUCUGAACUGAAGGAAGAGCUUCUCGCUCGCCGAGUGAGGAGGCUUACCUUUAUUUGUGGUCAUAAGGAUGGAACAUACCCCGGUUACUUCACUUUUAGGGGCCCUACUUACGACGAAGAUGAGAGUAUCCGCCACAGCGAACCCGCGCUUGCAUUCCAGCUUGAAUUGGGAAGGCUUUCCAAGUUCAAAAUCAAGCCUGUAUUUACGGAAAAUAGAAAUAUUCACGUUUACGAGGCAAUUGGGAAAGGGCCAGAGAGCGACAAGGCCGUCGAUAAACGAUAUUUCACGCGUGCUGUGGUUCGACCUGGGCGUCUGCGGGAUGACAUACCCACGGCAGAAUAUCUUAUAUCUGAAGCUGACAACCUGAUGAAUGACAUCCUCGACGCGCUCGAAAUUAUUGGCAACAAUAACUCCGACUUGAACCAUAUCUUCAUCAACUUUACGCCCGUUUUCCCGCUUGAACCCGCUGACGUUGAAAGGGCACUGGCAGGCUUCCUGGAACGGUUUGGGCGACGGCUCUGGCGUCUUCGCGUGACCGGGGCCGAAAUUCGCAUCCUUUGCACGGAGCCCACGACUGGCAUGGCCUAUCCCCUCCGCGUCGUAAUCAACAACACCUCGGGAUACAUUAUCCAGGUUGAAAUGUACGCUGAACGGAAAUCCGAAAAAGGAGAAUGGAUAUUCCAUAGCAUCGGCGGCACAACGAAGAUUGGGUCUAUGCAUCUUCGUCCCGUAUCGACGCCCUACCCCACAAAGGAAUGGCUGCAGCCGAAGCGAUAUAAGGCUCACUUGAUGGGUACCCAAUAUGUAUAUGACUUCCCUGAGCUUUUCAGACAGGCUUUCCAGAACUGCUGGAGCAAGGCCGUUGAGGAGCACUCCCCACUUGCCGACAAACGACCUGCCGUGGGCGAGUGCAUCGACUACGCUGAACUCGUGCUCGACGAUACUGAUAACUUGAUCGAAGUAGUUCGCGAGCCCGGAACCAACACACAUGGAAUGGUUGGUUGGAUGAUCACUGCCAAAACCCCUGAGUACCCACGUGGUAGGCGCUUCAUCAUCAUCGCGAACGAUAUCACCUUCCACAUUGGAUCUUUCGGGCCGCAAGAAGAUAAAUUCUUCCACAAGUGUACGGAACUUGCGAGGAAGCUGGGGAUUCCGCGGAUCUAUCUUUCUGCUAACUCUGGUGCCCGCAUUGGAAUGGCAGAGGAGCUCAUGCGUCAUUUCUCAGUUGCAUGGAAUGAUCCUGAGCGGCCAGAGGCUGGCUUCAAAUACCUCUAUUUGACGCCGGAGGUGAAGAAGAGAUUAGACGCGAGGAAGACAAAGGAUGUCAUAACGGAGCCAGUUAUAGAAAAUGGCGAAGAACGACAUAUGAUCACUACUAUCAUCGGUGCUGAAGAUGGCCUUGGUGUCGAAUGUCUAAGAGGCUCUGGUCUCAUCGCCGGCGCCACCUCUAAAGCUUACGAGGACAUCUUCACUAUUACUCUUGUGACCUGCCGUUCUGUUGGAAUUGGCGCUUACCUCGUUCGUCUGGGCCAAAGAGCGAUUCAAGUUGAGGGACAGCCAAUCAUCCUGACUGGAGCUCCUGCCAUUAACAAACUCCUUGGACGAGAAGUGUAUACGUCUAAUUUGCAGCUGGGUGGAACGCAAAUCAUGUACAAGAACGGCGUUUCUCAUAUGACGGCCAACGAUGACUUUGAAGGCAUACAAAAGAUUGUCCAAUGGAUGUCGUUCAUCCCCGACAAGAAGAAUUCUCCUGUCCCAAUCAGAUCAUAUUCAGACACGUGGGAUCGGGAUAUCGGGUAUUAUCCUCCAGCGAAGCAAACUUACGAUGUCAGAUGGCUUAUCGCUGGUAAGCAGGAUGAUGAGGGUUUCUUACCUGGCAUGUUCGACAAGGAUUCCUUCCAGGAAGCGCUCGGGGGGUGGGCCAGGACUGUGGUUGUUGGACGUGCCAGGCUCGGUGGUAUCCCCAUGGGUGUUAUCGCAGUCGAGACACGAUCCGUCGACACCGUCACACCGGCUGAUCCUGCGAAUCCAGACUCGAUGGAACUGAUUUCCACAGAGGCUGGUGGAGUCUGGUAUCCGAAUUCGGCUUUCAAAACCGCACAGGCUCUCAGGGAUUUCAACUUUGGCGAACAGCUUCCUGUCAUGAUCCUUGCUAACUGGCGAGGCUUCUCUGGUGGCCAGCGCGACAUGUACAAUGAGGUUCUCAAGUAUGGUUCCUACAUCGUCGAUGCCCUUGUCAAAUAUGAACAGCCCAUUUUCGUUUACAUUCCGCCAUUUGGGGAAUUGCGUGGUGGUUCGUGGGUUGUGAUUGACCCUACGAUCAAUCCAGAGCAGAUGGAGAUGUAUGCCGAUGAGGAGUCUCGUGGUGGUGUCCUUGAGCCUGAAGGCAUUGUCAACAUCAAGUACCGCCGCGAUAAACAGCUGGAUACCAUGGCCCGUUUGGACCCUGAAUACGGCGAACUCAGAAAGGCCCUCAGCGACAAAUCCCUACCCGACGACCAGCUUUCCAAGAUCAAAGCAAAAAUGACCGCAAGGGAAGAACAGCUUCUCCCAGUCUACAUGCAAAUCGCUCUGCAAUUUGCCGAUCUCCACGAUCGCGCUGGCCGCAUGGAGGCGAAGGGAACCAUCCGCAAACCUCUCCAGUGGAGGAACGCCAGGCGGUUCUUUUACUGGCGCCUGCGCCGCCGUCUUAGCGAAGAACUCAUCCUUAAACGCCUAGCGGCCGCUGCCCCAUCUACCGGCAUGCGCAACGGCGCAAUCACAACCACCGGCGUCUCGGCAUCCCCUCGGCCCGCUCCACCAACCGCCCGCGAGAUCAAUCUCAAUACGCUGAAAUCGUGGACCGGGAUGUUAGACCGGGAGUUUGAUACCAAUGACCGCAAGGUUGCGCUCUGGUAUGAAGAGAACAAGCGGAAGGUGCUGGAGAAGGUUGAGGAGAUGAGGACGGAGAGCACCGCGGUGGAAGUUGCGCAGUUGCUUAUGGGGAAUAAGGAUGGUGGGCUCAAGGGCGUGCAGCAGGUGUUGAGUAUGCUUCCCGUGGAGGAGAGGGAGGCUGUGUUGACAUAUUUGAGGUCUUAG